AUGACAAAGUCAAAAGAACCCACGAAGGCUAGCAAACCAAACACUAGGACAAUCAACUGCUCACUCAUGCUAUACGAAGAUGGAGUCCUUCUGGACAAGAAAGGGCUUUUUUGCACCAAACAGCUUGUCAAUCUCAACGACCCAAGUCUCUACGAUAAUUUGCGCGUCCAACUUUGGAAGGUUUUUGCUCCCGAUAUUGUUGCGCAUACCGAAAUCAAGUCCCUUGCCAUUUCGCCUAUGAGGUAUCUCUUCCUGGGCCAAGGUACUGCUAAGAUACCCAACCAAGAAGUACUGAGCAGUUUAAUCAGUGAGACUUCCUCUCGCAAGAAGCUUGUCCUUGACCUCAUGUAUUUUCAUCCCGGAACCAACGACUCCAGUCCAUCAUCCUCUCAAGACAUGUCCUCAACGAUAAAUCAGACCAAAAAUUCCUACACAGUUACUGAAACACAAUCAAGAAAGCGUAGGAAUACCUCACCAGCAAAAGUCACAAACAGCUCAAAAGCAAUUCACAAGUCGUGGGCUCUUGGCAUCUCAGCUGCCUCCAAGCGAGUCAAAAAUCCGGAAGAAUCCUGA